UUAUAUAAAACAUACCUGACACUGAUAGGUAAGUCUAAGAUGAAGAUUUAUGCUUCCUUUGGUGUGAGGAAUAACAUAUUGGAAGGGACGGGAAGGGAAGGGAAGGUAGGAAGGACGUAAUAGGUACCCCUAGGAAAAGGAACUUGUCUUUUAUCCCUCUAAUUUACUCGAGUAGGAUCAUAGUUGCCUAGGUACUUAACAAGUCAUAGCGCUCAGCUGUAGCACCUUAUUAGAUGAUAGAUGGGGCCCCUAUAAUGAGGCAGAUCUAAAGCUCAUAGAUGAUGACUUGUAAUCAUAUUUCUUUUUAAGUUUCUACGUCAAGUUUCUAUUGGUUGGCAUAUUUUGUGUAGUAUUUGAAUUUCACAUUUGCAUGACAUUUUAUUCAGUUGAAUGUAUAUGCAAAUUGAAAGAAUAUAUGUUUUUAAAUUUAGUGAACCCUUUUAAAUUGAUAUGCCUUAAUGUCUAUUUGUUUAAAAAAAAUAUUUUUGACUAGUUUGUGUUGUAUAUCUUAAACUAUUCCAAUUAUAGGUAUGUUUCAUAUGCAUUUCUACCACACCUAAGGCUGUCCUUUGCACUUAUUCUAGAAGACCUAGGUGUCUUAGUGUGACUUGAGGAAUCUGAAGGAAAUGAGGAAAGAAGUAAAUAUGAGUUGCUUGAUUUUGCCACUAUAUUGUUACAUAUUAACACAAGGGUUGUCAUUAGAAUGGCAAGAGCUUAAAUGCAAAGUUUUCUUCCCUUCCUUGUUUUCACCUCUUGUUGGUUGCAGGAAAAUAGUGGGCAUAGACUUGGAGGGAAAAUUUUCUUUCCUUUUCCCUCCCAUUUUAACAAACAAGAAUUUUUUUUUGGUUUUUAUUUAUUUAUACAUUUCUGACCUUUUCCUUCCCCCUUCAUUCAUUCCAUGCUUUCCUUUUACCAGUUGCCAUUUCUUAUUGUUAUAUAAAGAAUGAGUCUGGGGCAUGGAGUCAAUUAUUGCUCAAGAUGAAGGAAAGUGGCUUAUGCAUGAGCCUUUUCUCUUGCUGUUGCAAAUGUGCCUUCUGCAGUUUUGUUUUCUGACCAAAAAACUUAAAAGUUCUGCUAGAGUUGUUAUAAGCAUUUACUUUGAAGACAUAUCACAGUGCUUUUUAAAGAGAAAAAUGCCAUGUCAGAGAUCAGACAUAGUGAAUAUGUCAGAGAUCAGACAAAUGUGCCUUCUACAGUGUUUUUCCUGACCUAAAAACAUAAAAGUUCUGCUAGAGUUGUUAUAAGCAUUUACUUUGAAGACAUAUCACAGUGCUUUUUAAAGCGAAAAAUGCCAUGUCAGAGAUCAGACAUAUUGAAUAUGUUGUGGACUUCUACCUCCGAAUUUUCCUUCCUCUGGGAUAAUUGGCUGAUACUGGAGGUGCACUGCAUUGUUUCAUUUUGUUGUAUUUUGGGAUAUUUAUUUAUGUACUUAAUAUAUUUCUUGCACGUGUUUUACGCAACAUAUAUAGUUAUUGUACUUUGUUGCCAUUAUUUUUAUUUUUAGUUUCUUGAAUUUUGAUUUCUUUGAUUUAAUAAUCCACUUGAACUUUUUGAUUUUUUAAGAUUCCCAACUCCUGUUGUCUUUUUUUGUUAGAACUUUACUUUUUGUGUAUUUAUUAUUAUUAUUGUUUUUCAUUGUUCUCAAUCUAAUAACAAAUUCAAUUGCAUAUUCAGGUAAUGGGUUUUAUGAAGGUGCGAAUUUGAAGUAAUGAUCAUAUUAAGGGUGUAGCACCCUGGAUUAACUGGACCACACUAGGUUAUGAGUGUUGCCAGAAGGUUGCUACUCUUAAGCACUGUGUAAAAGAAGAGCUAUAAUUGCAUAUUUGUCUUGUCUCAUAUGUCUAUUUCUUUUUUCAUUUUCUAAUUUUGCUUUUGAAUUUCUAUUAAUUAACUGUCCAGUUCUCUUGUUUUAUGUCUAUUAUUUUGUGGGUUUUAUUUUUUAUUUUUUUUCUGUUCUCUUCUUACUAGAUGUGUUUCCGUCUUUGUUUGGUAACUUUGUCAUUCCAAUUUUUCCCCUUCAUCUAAUGCCAUGUGUUCAUGUAAUAUUUCAGUGUCGUGCUUCUUGGUUUUUUUCACUUCACACAGCCAAAUGAGUAUUUCUUCCUUUGCAUAUUUUGUUUUAAGUUUUUAGCUGCAUUAAGUUGUUGGGAUUUAGGUUGAUUGGAGAUGACACCUUUCUUGUGUUGACUUUGAAGAGAAAUAUUGAAUUUUAUUAUCGUUAAUGAUGUUUUUAUUUUGUGACUCUUUAUAUUUAAGUAGAUUGAUAAAUUCUUGUGUCUGUUUCCGAAUACUAUGUUUUUUUAUGUAAAAGCUUCAACAAUCAGUUUGCUAAGCCUCUUUUGAUUUGAUUAAGGAAUGGACAAAGGUAUAUAUAGAAAGAGUUGGGAAAUUUUUUUCCUUAAGCGUUACUGUGGUUUGGCCUUGGGGAUUUAAGUUAGCAGAACCAGACUUCAUUCGCUGAAAGUAACUCAACAGCAUAAUGCUUCGAGUAAAGGCCUGUGGGGUAAGAAUUGCUCCGGGGAAUCUGAAGUGUUUCUAAAGGUAAAGAGUAAAGACGAGACUCAACAGCAUAAUUCUUCGAGUAAAGGCCUGCGGGGUAAGAAUUGCUCCGGGGAAUCUGAAGUGUUUCUAAAGGUAAGUAAAGACGAGAGUGCAUAAAGUUCUCCAAGAUGAAGGAACCUGAGGUCAGUAUUCCCUUUGUUCAAACAUCCAAAAUUAGUUUCUUGCCUGAGUGGCAGGUGACCGAAACUUAUUGACCUUGAGAGGCAAUAUAAUUGGGGUCGCCUUGAUUCUGUCACUGUAGUCUAGUUGAAUCUAUCAUUCUAAUGAAGAGGCGCAUUGAACGGUCAGAGACGCUUUCACUACGCUGUCGCGUAGAACCUGUUACUACAAUAAUGCAUGUCUCACCUACUUAUUUUCGUUGGUACCUUAGCAUUCAUUGGAUGCUCCUGGUCCACCCCCUAUCAUGAGGCUGCUAUCUAUUGAACUUGACAGCGACCUUUACGAUAGCUAAGUCUUCAAUGUUUCUGGUAUCAUAAAAGACCAAUAGGUUGGUCAACCAAAAGAAAUCCUAGUAAACUCUUUGAAUCUCAUUCUCAUAGAUGCAUCACAUGGAUACCUUCUCUUUCAAACAAGUAUGUUUCUACAUUUAUUAAGAUCAACCUUCAACAUUUUUUCAUAAUCCGUUUACAACUCUAAGCAGCUAAAGCCAAUAUGAGUGCCCCAUUUUUAUUCAUUUGUCUUUCCUUGGCCCUAUCUUUAUCAUUUUCAUCUUUAACACCCAGUACAAUGAGGAAAGGCUCAUCUCUCUCUGUGGAGAAAUCAGGCGACGUUUUGAUUUCAGCAGACCGCAUAUUCUCUGCGGGGUUUUAUCCCGUUGGUGAUGAUGCUUAUUGCUUUGCAGUGUGGUUCAGUAAAGCAUUAUACGACGGGAGUCACAGCGUGGUUUGGAUGGCAAACCGAGACCAACCAGUUAAUGGAAGAUACUCAAAGCUCUCCCUAUUAAAAACUGGUAAUCUUAUCUUAUCAGAUGCUGGUCGUCUCACUCUUUGGGCUACUGAAACGACCUCUGCUUCUUCUGUGCAAUUGCAACUUUAUAACACUGCUAAUCUUGUUCUUCAUACAUUGGAGGGUAAAAUUCUUUGGCAAAGCUUUGAUUCGCCAACAGAUACUCUUCUUCCUCAACAACUACUCACCAAAGAUACCAUACUCGUUUCAUCAAGAAGCCAAGGCGGUUAUUCUUCUGGUUUCUACAAGCUCUAUUUUGAUGAUGAUAACAUUCUACGUCUUCGGUUUGAUGGUCUUGAAACAUCCAGCAUUUAUUGGCCAAAACCAUGGCAGCGACCAGCGGAAACUGGAAGGUCUGCCUCCAAUAACAGUAGAACUGCAGUACUCGAUACCUAUGGCCGUUUCAAGUCAUCCGAUGAUUUUCAGUUCUCAUCUGUGGAUUUGGGCAUGGGGCCUAAAAGAAGGAUGACUAUUGAUGCUGACGGAAACAUUCGAUUAUAUAGUCUAGAUGAGAGGAGAAGAGCUUGGACUAUUUCUUGGCAAGCCAUCUCUACCCCAUGCGUCAUUCAUGGUAUUUGUGGAGCAAACAGUUUGUGCAGUUACACUGCUGAAACCGGCAGGAGAUGCAAUUGCCUACCGGGACAUAAGAUGAGAAAUCACACAGAUUGGUCUUAUGGUUGCGAACCAGAUUUCAAUCUCUCUUGCAACAAUGAAGAGGUCGUCUUUGUUAAAUUUCCUCAUGUUGAAUUCUAUGGCUAUGAUAUUUGGUACUCGCGAAAUCAAACCUUAGAGUGGUGUGAGGAGAUCUGUUUGCAGCUUUGCAGUUGCAAAGGGAUCCAAUACAAAUUUAGCAAGGAUGGUUACUAUCUCUGUUACAUUAAGACUCAAUUGCUCAAUGGGCAUCGCUCGCUGGGUUUUGAUAACCCUAUGUAUAUAAAAUUGCCGAGAGCUAAUCUUUCCUCCCAUGACAAGACCGUUCAAGAAGUCCAGUUAGAUUGCUCGCGCCUAGUUACAGUACCGCUCGACAGAACUUAUACGAAGAAGCAUGAAAAUGUCACGGUGAAGUUCAUGCUUUGGUUUGCCCGUGGAUGUGGAGGAAUUGAGAUAAUUGGUUUCUUGUUUGUUUUGUAUGUAUUGUAUAGAAACCGUGAAGGCUCUGGUGUAAUUGAGAAAGGUUACCUUCACAUCGCUAUGGGAUUCAAAAGAUUCACCUAUGCCGAGCUUAAGAAGGCAUCGCGCAAUUUCAGUGUAGAAAUUGGGAGAGGAGGUAGUGGUGUUGUAUAUAAAGGCACAUUGUCUGACAAUAGAGUUGCAGCAAUCAAGUGUCUCAGCGAAGCUAGCCAAGGAGAAGCUGAAUUUCUAGCAGAAGUGAGCACAAUUGGGAGGCUUAAUCACAUGAACUUGAUAGAGACGUGGGGUUAUUGUGCGGAGGGAAAGCACAGACUUUUGGUGUAUGAGUACAUGGAGCAUGGAUCUUUAGCGGAAAAUCUAACUUCCAAUACUCUUGAUUGGAAGAAGAGGUUUGAAAUCGCGUUGGGUACUGCAAAGGGUCUAGCUUAUUUACAUGAAGAGUGUUUGGAGUGGGUUUUACAUUGUGAUGUAAAGCCUCAGAACAUACUAUUAGACUCUAAUUACCAUCCAAAAGUUGCAGAUUUUGGCCUGUCAAAACUCUUGAAUAGAGGUGGCAUUGAUAAUUCGAGCUUCUCUAGGAUAAGAGGUACUAGAGGUUACAUGGCUCCUGAAUGGGUUUUUAAUCUGCCCAUCACCUCCAAAGUUGAUGUUUAUAGCUACGGAAUCGUUAUGUUGGAGAUGGUAACCGGAAGGGGCCCAAUCGGUGUCCAGACGAUGGAUGAUAAUGGGAUGAUGGAGCAGAGACGGUUCGUCGCAUGGGUGAGGGAGAAGAUGGAUGGAGCCACAGAAAAUGCACCGUGGAUUGAAGAAAUUGUCGACCGUAACAUGGAUGGUGAAUAUGACAAGGGUAAGAUGGAGCUUCUGGUUAGAGUGGCUUUGCAAUGUGCAGAUCAGCAAGACAAAGAUGCAAGACCCACCAUGAGUAAGGUAGUGGAGGUACUUCUGGGCCAUGAAAAUGAUGACUUCUAAUAUGCACUGCGAUGGAGGCUUUGUUUUUACUUUUUCCUAAUUCGAGUUCUAACUCCUAACAUAAUUCUAACAAUUGUUUUGUUUUUCUUUUGUCCAUUUUAACACGUCAAAGUAGACAUAGUGUCUUUAGCAUGCGUGGUCCUUCACAAUUAUCCCUUGUUCAAACUUUCAAUACUUUGGCUAAUAAAGUCAAUUAUCCCUCAUUUUACA